AUGGUGUGCAGGCGGAGAGGAGGUUCCGUGAGUCGCCGGAGCUGCUCUAAGGCAGCCUGGAGGUCGUGUUAUCUCUUCUUCACACUCGUGACUUCAGUGAACUCCGUUGAUGGUCCUGAGCUGGCGAACCCUCCCUUCCCAGGGACCGUUACUUGCAAUGAAAAUGAACUAACAGCUGAGUUUUCAAGAAGUCUUGACACCAAGAACUGGCGUGCAUCUGUGGUGGAUCCCUUUGGUGUUGAAGCGCUGAACUGUACUUCUGCCCUGGACUCAGAAACGCUCACCCUGAAGGCCCCGUAUGAAACAUGUUCCAGGAGAGUGCCUGGUGGGCACCAGAUGAACAUCAGAGUCCUGGACAACAGCGCUGCUUCCAGGUCCGGUGCCACAUACCAGUUUUUCUGCCCAGCCGUACAAGUGGAAAUGCAUGAGCUUUCAGAAUCCACAGCCUGUAUGAAGGAUUUCAUUUCUUUUUCUUUUCCGCAAGUUAUUCGUGGUAUGGCUGAUGAGAGUGAGACAAACAAAUCUGAGAGGGGAUGGAUCAUUGAGGUUGGUGAUGUUUCAAGAGUGCACAGCCUGACCCUGCAGGAGGCCCUGAGAGAAGGAUUUAAUCUCCUGAUUGACAGCCAAAAGAUGACCCUUCAUGUGCCCCUCAAUGCCACUGGAGUAACUCGCUAUGUGCAAGGUAACAGCCGCCUCUACACGGCGCUCCUGAAGUUUUCAUUUGUGUCCCCUGGGCGGAAGAUCACCUUCUCAUCCCAAGCUAUUUGUGCGGCAGAUCUGUCUGUAACGUGCAAUGCCACGCACAUGACUCUCAGCAUACCAGAAUUUCCCGGCAAGCUGACAUCUGUGAGCGUUGAAAACAGGGACAUCCCUAUGAGUCAGCUGCGUGACAAUGGGAUCAACAUAGAAGCAGCAAACGGCUUGAGACUACACUUCAGCAAAACUCUCCUCAGAACCAAAUUCUCUGAAAAGUGCCUACUCUAUCAGUUCUACUUAUCUUCACUCAAGCUGACCUUUUACUUUCAACUAGAUACAGUAUACAUGGUGAUUGAUCCCGAGUGUCUCUGUGAGUCACCGGUUUCUGUAGUUACAGGAGAGCUAUGUACCCAAGAUGGGUUUAUGGACUUUGAGGUCUACAGCCACCAUACAAGACCUGCUCUCAAUUUGGGUACCCUCAGAGUGGGGAACUCAUCCUGCCAGCCUGCUUUCACAGCUCAGUCUGAGGAGGUGAUACGGUUUCACAUACCCCUGAAUGGAUGUGGAACAAAGCAUAAGUUUGAAGAUGAUAAAGUUAUCUACGAAAAUGAAAUACAUGCUCUCUGGAAAGAUCUUCCUCCAAGCAAAAUAUCCAGAGAUAGUGAAUUCAGAAUGACAGUGAAGUGCUAUUACAGUAGGGAUAACAUGCUACUAAACGCCAACAUCGAAAGUCUUCCUCCUCCAGGAGCCUCUGCGAGGCCAGGUCCGCUUACAUUGAUUCUGCAAACCUACCCAGAUAACUCCUACCGACAACCUUACAAAGGCAGUGAGUACCCCAUAGUGAGGUACCUCCGACAGCCGAUUUACAUGGAAGUGAGAAUCCUGAACAAGAAUGACCCCAACAUCAAACUGGUCUUGGAUGACUGCUGGGCAACAUCCACUAUGGACCCUGCUUCUCUCCCUCGGUGGAAUAUUGUCGUGGAUGGCUGUGAAUACAGCCUGGACAACUACCAAACCACCUUCCAUCCGGCUGGCUCCUCCACGACCCAUCCUGGUCACUAUCAGAGGUUCGACGUGAAGACCUUUGCCUUUGUGUCGGAGGAUCAGGUGCUGUCUUCCCUGGUCUACUUCCACUGCAGUGCUUUAGUCUGCAAUCGGCUGUCUCCCGACUCCCCUCUGUGUUCUGUGACUUGCCCGGCCUCAUCUAGGCGCAGAAGAGCCACAGGGGCCACUGGAGAAAACGGAACGACAGUCAGCCUCCCGGGACCCAUUCUCCUGUUGUCGGAUGACUCUUCAUUUGGAGAUGUUGUGGACACCAAAGGCCUUAGGAUUGCUGGAGACGUUGCUUCAAAAGCAGCGGCUGCGGGGGCUGCCUUCGCGGGUGUGGUGGUAACUCUAGGAUUCCUAUAUUACCUGUAUAAGAAAAGAACUGUGGUGCUAAAUCACUAA